ACAAAUACGGCCCGUGAAACGUUGGGACGGAUAUGGACAGAGAGGAACGAGCUGACAGAUGGGAGAUCCAACGGGGAUGGAAGAAAUCUGACCUGAUUGCCAGGAGUAAAACAUAGAAGAUAAGAAAAUGGUGGUAACAAUGAAAUACUGGAGCAUAAUGUAUCAGAGUAUCGUUGAUACGCAGAAUCGUCAUAAGUGUGGGGGUUUCAGGAUACAGCAUAUUCUUCGCAAUUGAUACGCAAAUAAAAAUUACUCCUAGAUUCUUUUUCAAAAUCAAAUGCAACAGAGAGUUACUUCCAAAGUAGUUCUAGAUUAAAAUAUAUAUAAUUAUUAUCAACUAGAGUCUAGCUGUCGCGUCAGAAUCUCCAGUCUCUUAUACGUCUAUUCGAUUAUCAUCGAUCAACCUCCACAAAAAAGAACACAGAGCGACGAUUCACCGACCAAUCCAGAGACACAUAUGUGUCAUCGAGCCCGUGCCAUAUCAUAAAAGGCAGCAAAUGCAGGUGAAUGGAUCCGAAAGACGGAAAAAGAAGCCGCGAGUCGGAUAACGGAGAUGGAAGCAGACAGGAAGAGGAGACUUGUAGCGACAUUGAAUGACGCUUGCGUACGAGAGGAUGAAAGAGACCGACCAACAGCGGUAUAGAGGAACAGAGAGAGGCGAGAAACGAAACGAGGAGAGAAUUAACACGCAUGCAAGAAAGAUAACAAGAGGCUGGUAGAGCAAAGAGAAGGGAGAAGCCAGGCUACAGAGAAACGUUGGAGAGGGGAACGGUCUAUAACGCAGGCAGACGGAGCCAAUCAGGGCGCAAUGCGAUUACCUUAACGAGAAAUCCGAUUACUUAUUCAUUCGCCUAACUCGAAAUCAGUUUAACUAAUCGUUUAAUUCGGUAGCUACCCCCCUACGAGCGAGCGUUUUCGAGACAGACACGGGCCGAAUUCUCUCUGUGGAUGUUCGUUGGGUGUGGUGGCCAUGGGAUGGAUGGAUCUCUCCAUCCAGCCUUCUCUGGCUGGCUAAAUAGAGCCGCACACGCGCAACCACCGUCGUUUCUACACGUGCUGUAUUACCCUUAGCCCAGAGGGUGAGAGAAGGAGGGAUACAGGCGGUGGGGAAACAGGCCAGGAGGAGAGAGGCCUCAUUCAAUUCAAUUACGUAAUGAAUUGUCGUGUCUUGAGUAAACACCCUUCCUCACCGCGACUCGCCGCCGGAAAAUCGCCGGUUGGGGAUAUGUUCUCCUCGCGCGGAGGGGAUGUCGUGGUGGCUGCGCGCACCAUCGUUUUUACUGCAUCGUUCAGGUAUGGGGAUGAUGUUAGGGCGAGGAAUUAGCGAAGCGAUGAAGCAGUUUCAGAUAAUAUCGCGUGAAGAGUUGAAUCAGUGUUUUUGUCCUUGUUUGCACUGGUUUAUCCUUAAUCGGUGACUAAUCGACAGUUUGUUUUACUAUUCAUGGUGUAAUAAUAAUUGUCUCUCUAUCGAACCUUCGUAUCGUGAAUUAUUUUAUUCAUUUUCUAUUUACUCUGUCUCUACACGAUAACGUAGCAAGGUAUAUUCUUUAUUUUACUCUUGAUUAAAGAAUGAGAAUUUUUCAAAGUUCAAUGUUAAUCGAGAUAUAAAUCGAUCGGAAUCGAUUCUGUUUGCUGAACAUUUUUUCGUUUUAAUAAUAGAAUACGCGAUUGAUAUUUAGUUUUACGAAAACAAAUAAAAAUUCCGAUAGAGAUAAUCAGCUUGACUCGCGCGUGAUUCAUUUAUAAGACAUACUGUACGAAACCAGAGAUUCGGUCGAGCCGAAUCAAUCUGCGGCUUGCAAACGCUUCGAAAUCUUCCGUCGCGUCCUCGUCAAGCUUCCAGUUUUUCCUCUGUCUGACUUGUUUCCACGUAUACUCGCUUCUUGGUCUUCAUUUGCUCUCUAUUCUUGGUCGUUUUCUAUCGCGAUACAUCGACACGUGGAUGCGCGCGAUAUCGACGUUUCCGGGGCUACUGAUCUCGUUUGCAUAGGCAGUAUCAGUAAUUCCGCUGUUCUCCCAGAAUUAACAGGACCCGUUCCACGGGGUUACUCACGGGUUUGCUUAGGAAACCGGUAACGGUCGACGAUCAAAGGAAAUCGAAUCGGUAUUAGUGGGAAUUUGAGUAAAUCGUUCGUUUCCUACAUCCGAUUAUGUCCUAAAAUUUAUCAUUUUUUUAUCAUAUAAAAGCUUCCUUAUCAUUUCAUUACGGUGAACCUUUGUCAUGGACUCGAAUCUUCGGACAAAUUUCAAUCGAAUGACAAAAAUAUCGAUCGAUAGAUUUUAUAUUCGUCUUAAAGAAAUGUUAACAACACAUGCCCAAUGUCGUCGAUAUUUCUUUGUUUCAUUCAUGUUCUGGAGGACUAAAUUUCCGAUGUAACGCACACACGGACGAAAGGACGAUUUCCGUCCACAAAAAAAGUCAUUUUCGCCAUGGCAUCCUUCCGGCCCAAGUUCCAAAUUCCCAGUGUAGUGUCGUUAAAGGAUAACAGAUAUCAAAGACCAUUGUUGAAUGGUCCUUCGAUAAUACAAUCUGUGCUAAAGGAGAACAUCAGAGCGUUUUGGUUUCGGAAAUCGAAGGAUCAACCGGUCGAGCCCGCCGUAGGCAACUGUGCGCAACCUUUGCCACCUCGUAUGGAUCUCGUUUGCAAGGGUUGUCCUUCAAAGUGUCUCGAAUUUGAAAAACAGAAAAAAAAAUCGAAGAGACAAUUUUUUGGUCCUAAGAAACAAUCAGAAAAGCCAAGCAAUUGUAAGAAGGAGGAGAAACCGGUAGAAAAGAAAUUGAUCUGGUGGGAGACGAUACUCGGUCCAAGCCCUAAGAGACUCUGGCCUGAUCCAUGUACUUGUAGACUAGCCCACAGAGAGAGAAAAAAGAUGAGGGCGCGCGAUCCAAGAUUGCGCGAUCCAAGAUAUCAACAGACUGCAGGAGAUGUUCUUUUGUAUACAGAACCGGUAAGACGAUGCUCGGUAUCUUCUUGCUUCGAACCACAACCGAAAUCUCCACCAGGAUACAAGAUACCCAAAGCAGCGGUUUUCAAAAUCAUGGAAGAUGUUUCCUAUAUGAUGCCGGGUAAUCGCAUGGCCCUUGAUAUGCAAAUGUAUAAAGUUGACAAAGAUGUACGAUUGAAACCGUGUAGUCUUCCGUACGAAGAAUUAAGACCUCCAGAAAGACAAAGAAGACCAUUCAGUUGUCGAUUAGGAAUUCAAUCGAAAGACGUUCUUCCACCAAUAAAUAGAGACUUGAAUUAUUAUGGAGGUCUUCGACAACAAUCGGUCCAGGAAGCUAAACUACCGAAGAACCUCAAAUCCACCCAAACAAGUCAGAAGAAGUUGCCUGAUACUGGAACCAAUUUAGAGCAAAUGGUCCAAAAGCGAAGUAGAAUAGAGCAGCUUAAAAUGUAUAUCAGACAGAAAGACGUGUCUUAUUAUCCGCCGUUUUCUCCCUGAUCGACAAUGUUGAAUUCAUUUUGCCAUGACAAAGAAUCUAUUAACUGAAUAAAAUGCUAAAUUUUCGUGUAAUGUAUAUUUAAAUCGUCCGUGUGUGCAAAAGAAGUAAUCUGUAAUGUUGUUCACUUAAGUACAUCAUCAAAGAAUAAAGAAAACGUAAACACGA